AUGUCCGAUAGUGAACUAGAGCAAAAGGGGCCAGGAGAGACAGAAGUACAUAGUAUGUACGGAUGCGCUGCUGCGGCCUUGCACCCCUUCCACCUCAGCGGCAAUUCGUCGCAGAGCGGUGCAGGCGGUGGGCUUACGCCGGAAUGCCGGUUCCGGUUUGCAUGCGUUGUUCCCACACUCCCCUGAGGAGUAUAUUGCUAUGCUCAACAAGUGUUCAUGAAAUUAAAUUUAUUUUUCUUGUGGCAAAAUUAUUAUACCAUAAUGAGUGAAUUAUUGCAGCGAAAUUUCCAGUCGUUGUUUGUAAGUAGGAGUACUGCUCUUGAAAAUGAAACACCAUAUAAGGAAGACAUUUCAGGAGUGGCACAUGAGGAGUUGUUGUUUUCCCAAGUGGCUCAACCAGUCACCCUUCCAGAACAUCUAAGAAAGAGUAUAUUGAGUCCCACAUAUUCACCACAGAUAAAAGUGAGCUACAUUGAACAGUGUUUUGAUGAUGUUAAGUAUCUGGCUGAAGGAUCUUUUGGUGUUGUAUUUGAAGCUAGAAGUAAAGAUGAUGGGAAAUUAUAUGCUGUUAAGCGAUUUAAAAAACCUUUUACAAAUAGAAAACAGAGGAGUAUCAGAUUGGGAGAGAUUCAUCGAUAUGCUAGUAUUCCACAAAGUCGUUUUUGUGUGGAGUUAAUAAGAGCUUGGGAAGAGAAUGCUUUCCUGUUUGUGCAAAUGGAACUGUGCUCAGUGGCAUUAAAACAGUACGUUUUGAGGGUGGGAUUGUCAGAAGAAUUGCUGUGGAAGAUUCUCCUGGAUUUGUUACUGGCUGUGAAACAUCUUCACACAAAUCAACUAAUUCACCUUGAUAUCAAACCAGAUAAUAUUCUAGUGUCUUCUGAUAAUACGUUUAAACUUGCUGAUUUUGGGCUAAUGUUGGAUGUGUCAAAGGGCCCAAUAAAAGAUGCAGAGGAAGGUGAUGCUCGCUAUUUAGCUCCUGAGGUGUUGCGAGGCAUGUUCACACAAGCCGCUGACAUCUUCAGUUUGGGCAUCUCGUUGCUAGAGGUGGGAUCUAGCAUGCAGCUGCCAGGCCACGGGCCCCUAUGGCAGGAGCUGCGGAGAGGCAUUUUGCCUUAUUGCAGAUUGGCUUGUAGUUCGAAAGAAUUUUUUUAUUUAAUUUGUGAAAUGAUGUCUCCUCUGCCCGAUGAUCGUCCAUCAGCCAGCAAACUCUUGAAGUACAAUAGAUUGUCCAAAAUGUACCACAAGCGCCGUCUGCAUGCCUUCUUCACUGAUGUGACUUCAACUAUGAAAUCAAUUUGCAAAUGUAUGGCUAUGCAUUGUGGAAUAAAAUUUCUCAAGCCACUGGUAUCGCGGAUGUGCCCCACAGCCUGGAAGCGGAAGGCAGCAUUAAAUCAGCCUGACUUGAGAAGAAUUGGGCAUCGAUGUCAGGAUCCGCCUCCUUUAACACGGCCAAUCACCACCCGCACAAAGGAGGAAGAGCGGCUAUUUCACCUGCGCUUGUCAGCUUGCAAGAAAAGGCUGACUUUCGAUGAUGAAAACUCCAUCUUGAGUCCAGUGACAACUUCUGUCGGGAAUGCUGAAAUAGAUGAUUCUGAAAAUCAAUCCUCUCCCAAGCGCAGGAGAUUAUUUGAUUAAAGACUGCAGAUAAGAUUUAUAACCAGUGGUAAUUUAUGAUUGAAGAACACCAAAUGAUAUUUUCUUCUGGUUGUAAGUCAAUGAAAGCUCUCAUUCCCCCCUAUGCAAUUUUUAUGUUGCAAGAUUUGCGUGAAUAAUAUUUGUGAUAGAAGAAAUUGUGAUUGAUCCAUUACUUGGUGCUGUUCUAAAAAAUAAUUUCAAUAUACAUUUUCAGUACUAACAUAUACUUGACAGUAUUUUGCAUGUAAAGGUUUAAAGUAAAUCAUGUUCACAAAUACUUAAUUAUAAUUGUUGAAGUAAUAUUAUAUUGUCCAGUAUUUUGCUGUAAACUACCAAUUUAAAAUAGCAUUUUUUCAUUGAUCUCUAGCAAAAUGCUGUUGGCAUAGAAUACGCAAUUGUAAUGAUCUAGAAUCUACAUUAUUGUGGACCAUCUCAAAGAUAAAGUUUAUUUUGUAAAAUUUAUUUAAAAUAUAGUUUAUUUAGUUUUAUCCUAGAGAAUUCAUAUAAAUAAUCAGGGGUGCACAGUGAAAUCAAGAGCCUGGGGGCAGCCCCUUAUAUCAAACACAAGUUCUGCCCCCACCCAAAUGCAUAAAAAGAACUCAUUUCUUCAUACAACGGAAGUAACAGACAGCGGUUAAUUUUAAUUAGAAGUACAUACAUCAUUGAAUGGGGGGAAAAAAUAUUGGGGAUUGGUACGAGUUUUCCCAGCCUGACUCCCACCUCUUCUGAGCGCUCCUGUUGAAUAUGUAACAGAAAUUCAAAAUGUGCCAGUUAUUGUGUUAAUUAUGCAAAUAUCAAGUUCGUUUCUCAGAAGUGGCAAUAAUUAAUAUAUAAUACAAACAUGGUAAUAUUUGUGUCCUAUGUUUUGGAUGACAAGUUCUAUGUAGGUAAGUUUCAUAGAGAAUGAAAAUGAUUUCAGUGUCUAAUGAAUAUUCUAUCCCCUCAUUUAACUUCAGUGCAUUAUUUUCAUGUUAACUAGUUUUUAAGAGUCUGAAACAAGAUCUGAUGUUACUCAAAAAUAGUAUUUACAAUAAUUAUGUCAUUUCAUUGUAAUUUUGUAAUUGAAUGACUUUGAGUGAUGACAUGUAGAUUUUAAUUUUUCUAAAGACUAAGAAAGGAAUUGGGACUGGUGAAAUAUCUGAUCAUGCUAAAAGAAACUUUUUCCUCAAGUUUGCAUAUGUACGCAUUGUAUUAUAUUUUAAUUGUUGGUGUUUUUGAAGAGUAUUUGAAGUUGCAAGUGGAGGCCUCUGCGGCUGAAGUUGGCAUGUACUUGGUUGUUCGGGAUAGGGCCUAGGCACAGACGCCAGCAUUUGAGCCAUAUGCUGUGACUUUCCUCAGGGCGAAAAUCCUAGGCACAGACCUAGGACGCACCUUCUGGACAGCCAAGUAGAUCAUAUUUGAAGUUUCUAUUAUCGUUUUAAGCAAGUCAAACACAAAAACUUAUGUACGCUGCAAACUUUUCAUCUGUCCAAUUUCAGACCACCUUAGUUCCAAAAUAAGUUAUAUGCAUUAUCACAGUAAAAAAUUCAAAAUGCAACAAAUGCUGUGAAGAUGCAAUUGCAGAUGAAACAUUACACAAUUUAUACAUUGUGUUUGUCCUGCUGAAAUCAGUAACUAAAAUUUCAAAUAAUUUAUAUGUAGGUGCCACAACUAUUACAACAUACUUUAAUUGUUUUUAUUUCAUUUAUUACAUAGCAAAUAACUAAUUUUUCUACUCUGUGUAUUGGAUUUUAUUAAUAUCAGACUGUUAAUGAUUUAAUUUCUGAUAUUUAAUCAGUUUCAUUUUGUAAUUUCUAAUUAUUUUUAUUGAUUUCUAAAUUUUUAUUUUUAAAUAUUGUCUACAUUUAGUGUGUGUGUUUGGGAUAUUAAAUGUACAUUCCAAUGCAUUUCCUUUCAUUGCCUAUUUUGACGAUUCAUGAAUACUGUCCACAUCCAUUCUAUAAUGGAUAAAAACAUAAUUUCUCAUCAACCUUAAUGGAGCAUAUUAUUUGGGACUGUGGUUCUUCUUUUAUCUGUACAAAACAUAUUGAGGAGCUUUUAAUUAACACUGUCUACUGUAAUUUAAAUUUGGAUGCAGACAUCAGUUCAUCUAAAUUGUUAAAAAUACGGUAUGAAUUAUACUUGGCAUAUACCUCCAGAUUAGCAGAUCUUACCCUUUCAAGGUUCUUCAUCUCCGUUAUUCUUUUCUUGUCAGCUGAAAAUGUCUCGAACAGGAGUUUCAGGCCUUGAUAAAUAAUCUGCACUGUCCAUUACUUGAAAUGGUACGACACGUGAACAAAGAAUUUCCAAACAAAUACGUAACCAACCGCAUAUUCUAAUUUAGUUGCAAUUAAUUUCAUUUAAGUCAAGAAUUAACAUACCCCUAUCAAGUCAAGGAUACACUAGUGGAUCUUUCAAAAGCUUUUCAGUGUUUCACCUCUAUCUCUCAAUGUCCAAUUGGUGGAAGUACAACUCUCAGACCUACAACAAUUUAAAAGUCAAUAUUUAAUAAGCAUUAAUCGUGCAAAUUAAUAAAACACUUAUGAGUUUAAAGUUUUUUUUUUUUUAAAUACCUACCUUUGAAUUAUAUUUGAAAGUAAUCGUUUCCUCCCUUAUCCUUACACUUCGAUCUUUGUGGAAAAACUUAUUACACUAACAGAAAGCCUAACCCGGAGUCCAAUACUCUAACAGAAAGGCCAACCUGGGGAGUUUCCAUUACAAUUUAGAACACAACACUUGAAUGGCAUUAUUGAAGUAACCUAUAAACACACAAAUAAGGAUUUGUGUAGUUCAGAAUUUUGUAUUGUCUUUACACUAUGUAUUCACGUAAGUCAGUGUCUGUACAUUAACCGAAAAGCCUUGUAACACAUUUUGACAAUUUGAACCACAAAUAAAUAAUUAGUUUAUAGUAUUGGCCUUAAUUUCAGGACUAAUGUGUAACAUGAAUAAAUCCAAAACUACAAUUUAUAGUACUUUCCAAGUUCGAAUACUACUAAUUGUACUUCCCAAGUUUGAAUUACGGUAAUUUGUAGCUGAAAAUCACAAAAACGUAACAGACCAAGACACAGAACAUAGAAACAAAUUACUUUGUAGGGCUACUUAUGCAUCACAAAAUCAUUACAGGCUUUAGUAUUCCACAGAACGCUGGUCUACUUCAAACAUAUUUCAAUUUAUUCAAUUAUAACAUUUUUGAAUUUAAAACAUUAAUUACCUCUUAUUAGUAUAAACGAUUUUUACUCUCGCUCACUUUCUCUAUCUCCAUGUAAUCAGAUUUUUCAUGAGCUGUUUGUGUAACCUUAUUUGUAGAAAUUCACCCUGCUGUUAGGAAUUGCUUCCUAAUGCUAAAACUAACUUUCUAAUAGUUUAUUUGUGUAUGUAGGGCAUUAAGUAGAUGUUUUUGCUCUUCGGGAGACUUCCAAACCUUAGGCCAGAGACCCUUUAGAUUUGGUAGUAGCCCUAGAGGCCAAAAAACAGUGCAACUGUGGUGUAUACAAAAACUUUGAUUUAGUGGUUCAUUGCUAACUCAAACCAGAAUCUGGAACUUUUUAAAAUUUUCCUUGCUAUCAAGGCUAAUUACUACUUGCAUAAUCAUAGUUUGAUUUGUUUGUACAAAAUGAAAGACUAUUGUGAAAUAAAUAAAUAAAAUGCUCAAAAAAGCCAGCAAAAGUCUGGGCAACUCUUUCCAGUAAUUUAUUGAGAAAUAUAUGAAAAUCACUAAGGUGUAUAUGAGAAUGAUGUAGAAAAUAAGUGUGAAUUGCGUUGAUGAAACUGUCCUGAUACCUGAUAACACCUUCCUAAAUUAUUAGAAAGUGUCAUCCUCACCAGCGAUAUUUUUCAUUAUUUAGAAAAUUUCUUUGCAUCAAAAAAACAUUUCAGGGAUGUUAAGGUAUGUUUUUUCUACAUCUAUUACUACUGGUACUAGGUAUCUAUUACUUUUGAAGCAUGUGUGUCUCUGAAACAUAUGAUAUGUUACAGUGAAAUAAAAGUGACUAUUGGGAAUUCAUGGGAACGUUCCAAAAUUGCAAUAUUCAUAUCAUUUUGACUAAAUAAUAUUUAUAACUUACUUAAGUAAUUUUUCUUACUUAAUCUUACUCGAUCAUUAUACAAUUUAUUCAUCUGUUUUAUAAAAGAAUGUGUUAUUUGUUGUUAGUAGUGAAGCAGGCAUAAAGUAUUAAAAAGGCUCAUGCAGGCAUAGAGAAUCCAAAAGGCUCCCAAGGGUAUACCUUUUCCUGUUUUGUUUCAGGUCCUAAGCACACAGCAAUAAACUAGUAAACCUUAAAAUGUAUUUGUCUAAGCUGGAGGACAUAUUUUUGAAUUGCAAAGAUCUUUCAAAAUGUCAAUUACGUUUAACUUGAGUACUGUCAUUUUAUACUUUUAUUGUAAACCUAAACUUCAAAUGAUCUCUUUCAGUGUGGUUUGAUGUUGUUAGUUUUUUGUGUAAAAAUAUUUAACAUUUGUUAUGAAUAUUUGAAGGGUUUUUUGUUGUUGUUUUUUUAGUUUGUGUAAAAGCUAGCAAUAAAAAUGAUGGAAUUAAUAUUCUGCUGGUAAAUCUACCAUACACCCAUUUAUAUCCUCUUUACCAUUUUGAGAAAAUUUUUUUGUAGGAGGUAAGCGUUGCGUGCCAUGUUAAUGGGUGAUCUCAAAGUAUGUUUUUAAUAUGUACUUAUUUACCACUAUAAGAUCUCAGGAUGUUAGUGGCAACUGUAAGUGUGUUUCUGCCAAUUUAGAACUUCUCUGACAGAUAUAUAUUAUAUCUGGCUAAUAUA